CAGACUGAGACUGCUAUGUAGUGUUGUGUACUUCACAUUUGGACAACUGUAGUGUAUCAUCCGGGUAUUCUAUGCACGCAGACAGGAUGCCUACUACAUAGUGCAAAAUGAGAUAGGGUGUAGGUGUAGGGUGGUUGUGUACCGCUUUCGACACACCCAGUAAACGUAGUGUAUGCGAGACAAGGUUUGUUUUCUAACCGGAGAGCGAACAUGGACAGAAAUGCAGUGGUUAAAGUGGGCGCGAUGGCGAGCGCCACUAUGUGCGCGCUGUUCGGCGGAGUCGUGUUCGCUCAGUACAUUUUCACCAAAAAACAGAGAGCAGGAAAGAAAACCAAGAUAAUCGAGAUGAUGCCAGAGUUUGAGAAGAGCACAGUUCACAUCAGCGACCCUGAGAGGGUGGAGCAGAUUAUCUGCAGUCUCAUUAAAGGUGGAGCAUCGAAACUGCAGAUCAUCACAGACUUUGAUAUGACGUUAAGCAAGUUUGCUGUCAAUGGAAAACGUUGCCCAACAUGUCAUAAUAUCAUUGACAACUGCAAGCUGGUGACAGAAGAAUGUAGGAAGAAGCUGCUUCAACUAAAGGAGACGUAUUAUCCAAUAGAGAUAGACCCUCAUCUGACCAUGGAGGAGAAAUAUCCAUUUAUGGUGGAGUGGUAUUUUAAGUCUCACACAUUAUUGGUAGAACAAAGAUUGCAAAAGGACAAACUUCCAGAGGUCGUGAGAGAGUCAGAUGUCUGUCUAAGGGAAGGGUACGAGCAAUUCUUUGACCGGCUGCACCAGCACAGCAUUCCUGUGUUCAUUUUUUCCGCGGGUCUGGGAGAUGUGCUGGAGGAAAUUAUCAGACAAGCUGGCAUCUACCACACCAGCGUCAAAAUUGUGUCCAACUUCAUGGACUUUGAUGAUAAUGGGGUUCUGAAAGGAUUUAAAGGAGAGCUGAUCCAUGUUUACAACAAGCAUGACGGUGCCCUGAGGAACACAGAGUAUUUCAAACAACUGAAGGACAAUGGAAACGUUAUUCUGCUCGGAGACUCUCUCGGUGAUCUCAAUAUGGCAGAUGGUGUGCCCAACGUAGAGAACAUCCUCAAAAUCGGCUUUCUUAAUGAUAAGGUAGAGGAAUGGUUAGAAAAGUACAUGGACUCUUACGAUAUAGUUCUGGUGAGGGAUGAAACACUGGAAGUGCCUAAUUCCAUACUACAGAAGAUCUUAUAAUAGACACCGCAGAGCCACCGGCCCACAGCACAGCCUGCGAGGAAAAGACUCAAAUUCCAGGAUAUUCAGAGUCACCUGGAUAAUUCCAGCACUGAGGCCAGCCUUCAUGUUGUCGACAUGUCUCACAUGCUCACAAGCCAUACAUACUUCACCCUUUGACCUUUUUAAAGUUGUGUCCUCUCAUCAUAAUAAACUAUUUUAAUAAACGCAUACAUCUGGA